UCAGCUAGGAGUGGCUCCUCGCAGCAUAAAGAGACACACUUUUCACACUGUUUUGGAAUGAGAAGUUAAAUUCAUGAGCACACAUAAUUUAGAAGACAUGGGCUGUGGCACUUCGUCUGUGACAGACACGAGAUCUGAGCAAGUGCUCAAAGCUGCAUUGGUCAUCCAGAACUGGUACCGGGGCUACAGCACUCGACUGAAGGCCAGACAGCGCUAUGCCCUCACCAUCUUCCAGUCCAUCGAAUACGCCGAUGAACAAGGCCAAUUGCAGCUAUCCAACUUCUUUUCCUUCAUGUUGGAAAACUACGCACAUAUACAUGAGAAAGAUCCAGAAAUAGUUGCUCGACUUUUCGGUAGCACCCUCCAGGACUACAAGGAUAGACAGGACUAUGUCGCAUUUGUAGACGUCCCAAACUCCUAUAACGGUCCUCGACUGCAGUUUCCUCUCACCUUUACUGAUAUUGACUUACUUGUUGACGCCUUCAAGCAACAACAGAUACUCCAUGCUCGUUACGUCUUAGAGGUGCUAUUUGAAACCAAGAAAGUCCUGAAGCAAAUGCCGAACUUCACUCACGUAAAAACCUCUCCUUCCAAAGAGAUAACAAUCUGUGGUGAUUUGCAUGGGAAACUGGAUGACCUUCUUUUGAUCUUCUAUAAGAAUGGUCUCCCCUCAGGGAGCAACUCAUAUAUUUUUAAUGGGGAUUUUGUAGAUCGAGGAAGAAAUUCCAUAGAGAUCCUAAUGAUCCUGUUUGUGAGUUUUCUUGUCUACCCCAAUGACCUGCACUUGAACAGAGGGAACCAUGAAGAUUUUAUGAUGAAUCUGAGGUAUGGCUUCACAAAAGAAAUUUUGUGUAAAUAUAAGAUACAUGGGAAACAAAUCUUACAAAUCUUAGAGGACGUCUAUACCUGGCUCCCAAUUGGUACCAUCAUUGACAAUGAAAUCCUGGUCAUACAUGGUGGGAUAUCAGAGUCCACAGACUUGAAUUUACUCCACCGUGUAGAAAGACACAAAAUGAAAUCUGUGCUGAUGCCACCAACCCCCUUAGAUGGAGACCCUGACACCAGCGUGAAGAAAAAGAAAUUCAACGCCACUAUUGUACCUCAGGAAGUCAAAACGAGUGCAUCCCAUUCUGAACAGUUAACAAAGCAUGAAUGGGAACAGGUCAUCGAUAUUCUGUGGAGUGAUCCCAGAGGCAAAAGAGGCUGUUACCCGAACACAAGUCGAGGAGGGGGCUGCUAUUUUGGACCAGAUAUCACCUCCAAGGUUCUUAAUAGAUACCAACUGAAGAUGCUCAUCAGGUCUCAUGAAUGUAAGCCCGAAGGGUAUGAAAUCUGCCACGAUGGGAAGGUCAUUACUAUAUUUUCUGCUUCUAAUUAUUAUGAAGAAGGCAGCAAUCGAGGCGCUUACAUCAAACUGUCUUCUGGUAUGGCCCCUCGAUUCUUCCAGUACCAAGUAACUAGGGCAACGUGCUUGAGGCCUCUUUACCAAAGGGUGAAUGCUAUUGAAAGUAGUGCCAUCAGGAUAUUAAGAGAGAGAAUAAUUGCACGAAAAACUGACCUCAUUCAUGCUUUCCAACUUCAAGACCGCAGUAAAUCAGGAAAACUUUCUAUGAGCCAGUGGGCUUUUUCCAUGGAGAACACUUUGGGGCUGAACUUACCAUGGAGAUCCCUGAGUUCACGUCUGGUCACCACAGACACCAAUGGAGAUAUUAACUACAUGUCCAGCUUCCAGGAUAUCCACAUUCAGAAACCUGUGAAAGAGGCUCAAUCUACUCUAAUUGAAACUCUGUACAGAUACCGAUCCGACCUGCAAAUCAUCUUUAAUGUCAUUGAUUCUGAUCACUCAGGCCUGAUUUCCGUGGAAGAAUUUCGUUCCAUGUGGAAACUCUUCAAUAGUCACUACAACAUUCAUAUUGAUGAUUUUCAAAUUGAUGAGCUCGCUGAAAGAAUGGACUUAAACAAAGAUGGAAGCAUUGACUUUAAUGAGUUCCUAAAGGCUUUCCAUGUAGUGCAUAAGUUGGAUAAGUUGAACAAAUCAGGUAGCGGCCUUGCUUAACAAGAGCUAGGGCUCUCUCUGCUUGUAAACCCUGGGGCCCAAACCACCGACACCAUCUUUUCCCGAACCCUUGUAAUUCAUAAUCAGUUGUAGAGAAAAGUAGACCCCCAUUCGUGCCAUGAGCAGAUGUAUAGUGUGCGUAUUUGAGUCUCCAGUAAGCUGUAAUUGGAAAGACUAGGUUAAAUGUCAGCUGAUGGGAUUUGGCUCCAGUGUUAGGACUCAUGCAUUGCCAGGUAGAAACUGGGUUUGAGCCUAGCGUUGGCCUCCUUGACCAAGAUACCAGAGGAGUUUGGAAACAUGUUGAAAGGAACCCACAGAACCGCAGAGAAAAGUGCAACAUCUGUGAAUGACUGAGGGAUGGGAGGAGGAAUA